AUGGCUGGUGUAGCAAAAUUAUUCGAUGGUCAUAUUUUGAAUAAAUCAAAUGAAUCUAUUGAUCUUACCGAUCAAAAGUAUAAAGGCAAGAUUAUUGGUCUUUAUUUUAGUGCUCAUUGGUGUCCACCGUGUCGUGGCUUUACUCCAGUAUUAAUUAAUUUUUAUAAAUCACAUGCAGAAGAGAAAAAUUUUGAAAUAAUAUUUAUAAGUUCUGAUCGCGAUGAAGCAUCAUUUAAUGAGUAUUAUAAAGAUAUGCCUUGGUUAACAUUAGAUUUUAAGGAACGUAAGAAAAAAGAAGAAUUAGGAAAACAGUUUAAAGUUGCUGGAAUCCCAACAUUUAUUUUGCUUGACGGUGACUCGGGAGAUAUUAUUUGUGCUGAUGCAAGAGGUCAACUUCAAUCACAAGAUACUGAAGGAAAAAAUUUUCCAUGGAAAUCAACAUAA